AUGGAUUCCCGCGAGGGAAGGGAACAUCGUCAAACAACAACUCAGCAAGAGUUUAGCAUGAACAUCUCAAUAACCUUUCCUCCUGAACACAAGUACACGCCAGUUGAUGUCCAGCAGCAGCAAGUAGCCGCGGCAAAUGAAUUGUUCCAUUUCUACACAGCUGGACUGGUGGCUUCGGUCUUUGUUGUACUUGGCAUUGUGGGCAAUAUUCUGUCUGUGUUUGUGCUAAGUAGCAAGCAGAUGAGACGCGGUUCUGCGUCUGUGUGUCGUCUCCUUGUGGGUCUGGCUGUCUAUGAUACCGUCUUCCUCUUCUCGCAUGGUGUGGCAGGGAACCUACCCCACGUCCUCCAUCACAUGGGGAUACAACUUGGCUCAGCUGGGGCAGUCAUGUUCUCCAUCUUCUACCCGCUGCUGCACAUAUCCCGCACCGGGUCAGUAUACACAACAGUGAUGGUCACAGUAGAGAGAUGUGUGGCAGUCGUCAAACCUCUCAAGGCAGCAGUUGUCUUCACUCAGAAACGGACCAACCAAAUUCUGGUGGCAAUCUUUAUUUUCAGCGUCAUCUUCAACAUACCUCGCUGCAUGGAACACAGUCUCAAAUUAGGUUCUCCUACCAUCAGUGUCACUAAGUCGGUGUUCUAUGACACAGCAUUCUAUACAGUGUAUCUUAUCUAUAUAAAUUUUAUAGUACAUUUUGCCAUACCAUUCACUCUCAUCGCUGUGUUUAAUGUUCUCAUGAUUCACACACUUCGAAAUGUUACUAGGGGUUAUAAGAAACACGACAAAUCAAAAGCCGUCAUUGAACUUAACGUAAAUGUGGGCAACAGAUCUUCCAGUGGAACCGGAAAUAAAUUAUGUGGCACCGUGUUGGCUGUUACCAGCCUAUUCUUCCUCUGUCAUCUGGUUCCCGCUGUGGCCCUGGUGCUGGAGCAGACCGAGAAUGCUAAGAGGCUUGGUGACUGUUCAGCUGCAUGUUCACGUGUCUCAUCACUCGGGGAUACGCUCAUCAUUGUUUGUUCAGCAACAAAUUUCAUCCUUUACUGUAUGUUCGGCAGAAAGUUCAGAUUAGUUUUUCAAGCUCUGUUCUGCCCAUGUAAACGUCGAUAUGAAGAGAGAAGGCCGUCAAAGAAGACCAGGAUGCUUUCAAUGAAGUCCAUGACACUUGAGGAAACAAAUGCAUGA